AUGGAUUCCAGCAAAAUCCGUCUUGUUGGGUUUCACGGACUAAACGAAGGAGUUGUCGAAGUUCGACCGGCCGACAGUUGGCCUUGGGGCGGAGUCUGUGCUGAACACUUCGACCUAAGGGACGCAGACGUUGUUUGCAGAAUGCUGGGCUACAUCUGGGCAAACGACUUUAUGUCAUCGUUAGGUACGAUUCAUAGACAAGGGCUGGCCUACAUGGCUGACCUACGAUGCAAUGGAAACGAGAGCAGCCUGUUUAACUGCUCGUACGCAGGAUGGGGGAGUCACGACUGUGGAUAUAGACGAUAUGCCGGCGUUGUCUGUGGUACAUUGAUUAAGUAUUCAUUAUAAUAUCAAAAUCCCAGCAGAAUCCGUCUCUUUGGUGGUUCCGGGCCUAACGAAGGACGCGUGGAAGUCCGACCAGAGGACGGUAUGACCUGGGGCACAGUUUGCCACAACCGUUUCAACAUGGACAAUGCAGACGUUGUUUGCAGAAUGCUGGGUUAUCUUAACGCUACCCAGGUUCAAAAUGAUGCAUAUUUUGGCCAAGGUAAGAUCUUCAUUUUGUUAGUACCAAUCUACAUGGAUGACCUACGAUGUGAUGGUAACGAGACCAGCCUCUUUAACUGCUCUUACGCAGGGUGGACGAUUCACGACUGUGACCAUGGCCAAGAUGCAGGCGUGGUCUGUCGGAUGAUUGUUUCAUUUUCAGAUUCCAGCAGAAUCCGUCUUGUCGGAGGUUCCGGUCCAAACGAGGGGCGUGUGGAAGUCCGGCCGGCCGACAGUUCCAGAUGGGGCACAGUUUGUCACAACGGUUUCGACUUGAAGGAUGCAGAAGUUGUCUGCAGGAUGCUGGGCUAUCCGAAUGUAUAUGGAGUUCGCCCUGAUGCCUAUUUUGGCAGAGGAACGGGACCGAUCUACAUACAAGACCUACAAUGUGAUGGGACAGAGAGUAGCCUGUUUAACUGUUCGCACGAGGGAUGGCGGAAUCAUGACUGCGAUCAUAGGGAUGACGUCGGCGUUGUUUGCG